AUGUUGAGCCAGACUGGUGCUCCGGAAGGCUCCGCCAGCUCCACGGCAGCUCCGGCCACGCCAUCGGCCACCUCGGCCAUCUUUGGCUCGGCUGCAUCCACCACUCUGCCGGUGUCGUCGGCGUCGUCGUCGUCUUCCUCGUCGUCGUCGUCGGCCUCUGCCGCUUCCGCUUCGGCCCCGGCCGCACCGCAUCGGAUCUCGCCCGCCGCCAGCAGCCAGGCCGCUCCCGCGUCUGGCUUCAGCAGUCUACUGCCUCGCAGCUCGUCGUCGGCUUCGACCGCUUCCAACUCGGGCGCAUCCACACCUACCGCGGCGAGGAUGUCCAGCUCCGGCUUCGGCCGCACCACGGCAGGCACCACUUCGCCGCGCAGGGCGUCGUCGAGCCUGGCCGGAUCCUCGCGUCCCGCCCAGAGCGCAUUCCAGCAGCGACGCAUCUCGCACCAUCCCCCGUCCGCCUCCUCUUCCUCGUCGGCGUCGGUAUCCACCGCCACCGCCCUCUCGUCGACCGAUGGAACCAACGCCGUCCCCUCGAUCUUUGGCGCGCUCUCAUCGUCGAGCCAACACGCGGCCACCAGCUCGCACCGCGCAGCGCAGGCCGUCAACCACAACUUCCACGACAGUCUCCGCGGCAGCGUCGGAGGGGGCCUGACGGCCAGCCCGCGCAUGGCCGGCAACGGUCUGCCCAGCUACAUGCAUCAGGCCCGCGGCAGCGCACCCUGGGACCAGGGCGGAGGUCGCGGCGUCUACCAGCUCCUCUCCACCACACAGCAGGACGCCACGAACCUCCAGCUCCAGCCCACGUUCGAAGAGCACUCGCUAGUCUCUUUCAGCUGGACCAUCCGUGACGUUCACCUGCUGCGCGACGAGGUCGAGCGGACGCCCCCUCCCUCGAUGGGGGGCCGCUCCGUCAGCGCAGGAGCCGGCAAGAGCGACGUCUGGGCCACUCAGCCCGUCUUUGGCGAGGGAAAGUGGCGCCUCGAGCUCGUCAGGACUCAGCGUAGGCUUGAUCCCGCCUCCCAAGAGCCCGUCGACCCGACCCAGUCAGACGACCCUGCAGCCUCGACCGCCGCGUUCGCAUCAGAGCAGCAGCCAGAGCAGUCGUCCGAGAUCGGCCAGGGCGAUGCCGAGGCGGCCGAUGAUGACGAUCCAGAGGGUUCCUUGCCCCGCUCCGACAGCAUUACGGUGCUCUCCGUCUAUCUCACCUCGAUUCUCCUCGACUACAGCCACUCGGACGUCGAGAUCACCACGUCCAUCAUGGUCGGCGUCCGCCCCGCCCGAGAGCCCAUCGGCCGCCGCGGCUCGGCGUCGGGGGGCUGGUGCUGGCGCGGCUUCUACGACUUCUGCUUCCACCGCGAGCAGCACUUUUUCCAGUGCCACGACCUGCCCAGCAUUUCGGAGCUACUGCAAAACGAUGUGAUACGCAACGACGACGCCUUCACCCUGACCGUCCAGCUGAAUCGGCUUCCCACCCACGCUCCGCAGCCGAGCCCGGCGGGCGCGACGACCAGCUUCAUGCCGCCCUUUGAGGCCAAGGGCGCCCACCUUGUGCCCCGCAGCGUGCUCGACUCUCUGCAGGGCUUGCUCGACGACGCCAACACCGGAGAUGUGCGCGUCGUUGUGCGCGAGCGCGGCCUAUUCGACCGCGGCGACGAUCCCGCCGCCGAUGCCCGCCCGUAUCCGAUCGGCCUGAGCAUGCGCGACAACGACGACCACGCCAACGACACCGGCGUCGAGGCCGAGGUCGACGACAGCUCUGAGCACUGGCAGCCGUCGGUCGACAAGGUCUGCGUCCGCGACCGCGUGCUCUGGGCGCACUCGAGCAUCCUCAAGAACCGCAGCGACUACUUCAAGACGAUGCUGGCCUCGAAUUUCAGCGAAGGACAGGGCCAGACCUAUCCCACGUUCGGCGGCGGUGGCGGAGGAGGCCCGCACCGGCGCGAGACGUCGGGCGACGUCAGCGGAGUCGCCAUGGGUGGCCGCUCCGUGCGCACGCUGCGCAUCGCUGACGCCGACUACGUGACGGCCUACUGGUUUCUGCGCUUCCUCUAUACCGAGGACAUCGAGUUUGCCGAAAACGAGGACGUGCGCGGCGCCGUGCUCGACGAGGACUGGGCGGUCGGGUCGGAUCCGGCUGCCGACGAAUGCGACGGCUCCCUGGGCGACGGCGGCUCAGUCGCACAGCAGGGCUCGCGCUUCCUGCGGGACUGGACGCCCCUAUCCGAGGUGCUGCUGCUGCAGGAAGAAGAAGCAUCGCGAUCCUCGACGCCGCUGCGGCAUCCGCAUCACCAGCAGCAGCAGCACGACUCGGGCCAGGCCCGCUUCUCCAAGCACGCCACGCAGGGCACGCGAUACACUUCGUAUGCCGACACUUUUCCACGCAUGCCACACGCUCCCGCCUCGCACCACACGCUCAGCACGCGGGCGAGCGAGGGGAUGCUGGCCGCAACCUCCGCUCGCGGCGGAGGCGGCACCGGCGGCGGAGGAGAGGCUGCACCUCCCUCGCCCUCGCCGUCCCUACACCUCGAUUCUUCGAUGCAGCAUCAGCCGCACGCUGGCGGCUCGGGCCAAGGCCAAGUCCAAGGUCAAGUCCAGGUCCAGGGGCACGGUAGCGGCAACAGCAACAACAACAACCAGGUGCGCGUCCAAGCGGCGACGCUGGCGACACUCUCUUCGGACCCGCACGAACACCCGGCGUCGCCGCCGGGCCCGGCAUCGGCAUUCAACAUCUUCCGGCUGGCGCACCGCUUCUGCAUGGCCGACCUGCUCGAGGUGGCGUCGGCGCACCUCGUCGCCUCGCUCACGCCUGCAUCGGCGUUCCCGCUGCUGCUGGCGACGAGCGUGUACGCGGACCUGCACGACCAGGUCAAGCGCUUCGUCUACGCCCACUGGGAGAGCGUGGCCAACUCGACCGAGUUUGAGCGGUGCUGCGACGAGGUGGGCCGCGGCGAGUGGGGGCCCGAGGCCGGCAGAGCGCUGCGCCUCUUUAUGAAGAGCCUCGUCAGCCCCGCCAGGGUGGUGCCCGCCGCUCCGGGCCGCUCCUAG